AUGAGUAGCCCGAUCUGCCCGCCGUUCGAGAUGGUCACGUCAGCUGCAAGUCAAGCCAUACGCAACCCCACAACCAGUACUAGAAAGCCUACAAGACACCGCACUGGGUAUCAAUGGGUUCACAUAAGCCUGCUACUUGUGAGUCUGGAAACCAGAUUCUUCAACGGCCUCGUGGUAGAAGUUCCGGAGACAGUGCUGCCUCUGAAGGACACUGUGAUCAAGUUUAACUCGGCGGAUUUGCUUACCUGGCCGUCGUUUACGGAGACGCUAUUUGAGCAUCUACGCCCACUUCCAGGCAGCAUCGAUCCCGCCAACAAAGAACUGUGGACUCUGUCGUAUGCCUCGGCGUUCUCUGGUAAAAAGAUCAUCACCGUCCCCAACACGGACAGAUAUACAACACCGUCGAGCAUGCUCACCUCCGGCCACUUUUCGAACAACCAAUCCGGGCAAUUGAAGGUUCUCGUCAUCUUGACGUCGACACAAGUGAUUGACAAGCAGGAGGCAGUCACGCCACUCAGGUCAGACGAGUAUCCAACUCCAGCUAGGGAAAAGACGAAGCGAAAAAUCAAGCAGGAAGACGAGAGCCCGGUACCUAGAACCAAAAAGCGUGCCCAGGAGCAAAAACGGAUCAAGGAUGGAGACGAGACCAGCGCGGGUGAGAUCAAACAAGAGAUACGUGUGAAGACUGAGCAAGAGGAUCCGUUUGCAGACAGCCCCUCUCCGAGGCUGACGGGUGACAAAUGGAACUUGGAACAGCAAGAUGAAGUCGAACAGCCUCUUUCUGAUGUGGCAGCCACCAGUGCCCUCGCUACAGAAGAUGACGCAGAAGGAAUGGAGGACGUGGACGAGGACGAAGACGAAGACGAGAAUCAUACAACUGUUGCCACAGAGUUCGUAAGAAACCAUGUCAGUUGGAAUUGA